ACUAAUUAAAAAAAUAAAUACAAAAACCAGAAAAUACGAUGUCGUUAAUCUAGAUAACUUAGAGAAGCACAUAAUAAUCAUAAUAAUAAUAAUAGUAAUAGGAAAAGCUGAAUUGUGAUAGUUAAGAAUUGAGACCAAGCCAGUGAAAUGGCUGUUGUGUUGUCAAUAAACUGGCAGAGAGGUGUGGUGGGUGUAGUAGCAGAGUCUCAAUUCCGAUGCCGAUCCCAAUCCCAAUCCCAAUUCCAAUCUCAAAACCCUAGCUUCUCCAAUUCCAAUUCGCUUCAUUUUCGCCCCAUUCAAAACCUUGCUCGCCGUCGGUCACUCGUUAAUGGAUUUCACGGAUCCUCUGAACCCGACCCGAAAAGAGAACAAGACGAGGAAGUAAACAAUUUGGGUGUCAAGGCCGCUUUGUCUGUGCUCAAAUUCUACAAAAGGGAAAUUUCACCAAUUUUGCCGAAGAGUUGUCGAUAUGUUCCAAGUUGCAGUGAGUAUUCCAUGGAAGCUUACAAGAAAUAUGGAUUUGUUAAGGGUUCCGUAUUGACUGCUUGGCGUCUCUGUCGUUGUAAUCCUCUUGGUGGGUCUGGAUUUGAUCCUCCAAGAUGGUUUGAUGAGAAAAGUUUACCUGAAGACCAAUAGCUACCAUUGGUACAUCUUGUCUGAUCUGAUCUAAUACAUAAUAUUGCGCCCUUUUUUUUUUUUUUUUGAACACAGAUGUUACAUUUAUGCUUCGCAAUAAUUACAGAUAGCCUUUUUCCUGAAAGAGUAUUAAUUGAUGGUUUAACAACUUCCAACAGUUAUGAGGGAAUGUAUUCACAUGCAAUGCUAUUGUCAAUUCUUCAAAA